UCAAUACUGUACACGCAAGAGAAGAUGACGUCACGAGAAAGAUCGUUUUUAGAGAGAAGCUGCGACGGAUUCGUAGGAGAAGAAGAAGAAGAAGAGAAUGGCGGCGAAUGAAGAAGCGGUGAAGUACGUAUGGGAAGGAGCAAUACCGCUGCAGAUUCAUCUCCACAAAUCCGAAGUCGCUUCUCACCCUGCUCCUCCUCCUGCUCUCGUGUUAGCACCAAGGAUAGGGUACUUGCCUCUGUUAGUUUCUCUUAUAAAGCCUUACUUCAAGGAUUCACUUCCUCCUGGUGAAGACUCCAUCUGGUUCGAUUACAAAGGCGUUCCUCUUAAAUGGUAUAUACCAACAGGUGUUCUUUUUGAUCUCUUAUGCGCUGAACCUGAAAGACCUUGGAAUCUCACUAUACACUUUAGGGGAUAUCCGAGCAACGUACUGAUUCCAUGUGAAGGAGAAGAUUCUGCCAAGUGGAACUUUGUUAACUCUUUGAAAGAGGCGGCAUAUAUCAUCAAUGGAAACUGCAAGAAUGUUAUGAAUAUGUCUCAGAGUGAUCAAGAGGAUCUGUGGACUUCUGUCAUGAACGGUGAUCUUGAUGCCUACACAAGGUUAUUACCCAAGCUUAAAAUGGGAAAUAUCGAAGAUAAGUUUUCAAGAAAAGCAGAUCUGUCAUCGCCAAAAUCUCGACAAGGUGGGACUGAGAUAGAUGUGACAGAACAAGUUGUUAAGACAGCGAGGAUUCCUGUUCGGCUGUACGUUCGAAGUGUAAAUAAAGAUUUCGAGAAUCUUGAAGAUGUGCCUGAGAUCGAUACAUGGGAUGAGAUUUCGUACUUGAAUCGACCUGUUGAGUUCCUCAGAGAAAAAGGGAAAUGCUACUUUACUCUGCGUGACGCCAUUGAAAGUCUCCUCCCGGAGUACAGUGGAGACAGAGCUCAAACGAGUGGAGAAGAAGAAGCAGAUGGGUCGCAGGAGACGAGGGGAGAAAUCAAGCUGGUAAGGAUACAAGGGAUAGAAUUGAAACUAGACAUACCGUUUUCAUGGGUGGUAAACAACUUGAUGAACCCUGAAUUCUAUCUCCACAUCUCUGUUCUUGUGAUAGGUCCUCAAAGGUAAAAAAACUAGUAAGGCUCUGCAUCUACAAUCGACCUGUGAAUAGACCAAAUUGAUUUCUCGUUUGUUUUUUAACAGCCAAAAGCAUCAACUAUUUGUUAUAUACAUAUAAUGAUCCAUGUUCAAACAUAAACAGAGCAUCCUCGAUUUCUCAAAGAAUGAACAUUCACAAAAAACAA